AUGAACACCGCCAACGAGCUGACGAUGAUGCACCACCGCCACGCCCAGCACGCGUCGUCCUACGCGCCGGCGCAGGCGCAGCAGCAGGGAAGCAAGCAGCGGGCGGGGCUGCCACCGACGCCUCCACCCGCGGCGGCCGCGGCGGCGACGUCCCACUCCUCGCAUGGCGGCGGCGACGUGUGCAUGGACGACGCGGCACGCGUCGGGCUGCCGCCGCGCAAGGCGCACCGGCGCUCCCGCAGCGACGUCGCGUUCGGGUACUUCCAGCCGCAGCUGCCGCCGCCGUCGCCCAAGGUGGAGGCCGGUUGGGCACUCCCCGGGGGCGUCGGCGCCGGCGACGACCUGCUCAAUGCGUACAUGAGCAUGGAGGGAAUGGCGGCUGACGGGCUGAACAACAACUCCGACGGGGACAGCCGCGGGAGCAGCAUGCGGACGAACGGCGCCGACAGCAGCGAGAACGAGUCCGAGGACUACGUCGGCGCCGACAGCCAGGUCCUCCUCUGGGGCGGCGAGGCCGCCGGCAAGAAGAGACGGAACGCCGCCGGCGAGCCUGCGGCCCGGCACGCGAGGAGCCUGUCGAUGGACAGCCUCAUGGGGAAGCUGAGCUUCGCCGCCAAUGGGGAGCCGGCCAAGUUCAGCCUGGAUUUCGGCAGCGGCGAGUUCACCCCCGCCGAGAUGAAGCGGAUCAUGGCCGACGAGAAGCUCGCCGAGAUGGCCCUCGCCGACCCCAAGCGCGUCAAGCGGGUGCUCGCCAACAGGCAGUCGGCGGCGAGGUCCAAGGAGCGGCGGAUGCGGUACAUUGCGGAGCUGGAGCAGAAGGUGCAGAUCCUGCAGACGGAGGCCACAACUCUGUCCGCGCAGCUCACUCUUUUGCAGCGCGACUCGUCAGGGCUCGCCACGCAGAACAACGAGCUCAAGUUCAGGCUGCAGUCCAUGGAGCAGCAGGCACAGCUGCGCGACGCACUGAACGAGGCACUGUCAGCUGAAGUGCAGCGCCUGAAACUCGCGGCGAAUGAGGUCGGCGACACGAGCUCGUCCAGCAACCUAGCACACCAAAUCCAGCUCCGUUGUCAGAGCCAGAUGCUUGAUCUGCACAACCAGCAGCAGCAGCAGCAGGCUGAGCAGAUACCGUUCUAUCAGCUGGAGCAGCCAGAGCAGAAUGGCGCGGCGAGGAAUCACGAGUCGAAAUGAGUGUUCUUCGAGGGAUGAUGCAUCUAGGUGCUGAGUGCCAUACAGAAAAAAAUGGUUAGAAAUUUAGACGAUCCGAAGAAAUUCCUUUUCCCCUAACCCAUUUGUUUUUUCGCCUUUCAGUAUUGAUGUCUCCGCAUUUUGCUUGUGUAACUUGUAAUCUCGUAUGUCCGGGCAAAGCAUCCGGCAGUAAUAUUCUGAAUGUUCUUUGUUCUUUCAGAACGACCUGUUGUCGAUCAAACUGCCUCUCCACCCUGCAAAACUAUCAAGACUGGACCACAAAAUAUAAGUAACCUAGUACAAGGUUACA